AUGGUAGCCGUUGCACAGGUCCUUCGCAAAGCAAACGAGAGUGCCGGUUGCCGCGAGCUGCAGAAGUUCCUUCCUCGGUGCCUGGAUGGUGCGCAGCAGGAAGAAAUCCUGUCACAGCUUGUUGGAAACGUGGCCGACGUUGCGGCCUCGGUUGCGCAAUCCCCGCAUGGAAACUUUGUGCUGCAGCAUGCGAUCCGCGUGCUGAGCUCCGAGCGCUUGGUUUUCGUGAGUCAGGAGCUUCGCAGCUGGCGCAGCCCAAAGGAGAUUGCCAAGCACAAGUACGCAUGCCGCGUCUUGGAAAGAAUGAUCGAGUUCUUUCCCCUUGAGCACACUUUCUAUUUCAUGAAGGAAAUUGUCCGCCACACGGUCGAGCUGUCAUCUCAUGCCAUCGGAAACUAUUCUGUGCAGCACUGCAUGGAGUAUGGAAAUGUCAGCUGCCGCCGCGAGAUUGCCACUGUCGUGUUGAACCACAUCCACGAGUUCGCAGUGGAUCCCUAUGGCUGCGGAGUUCUCAACAAGGCGUGA